AUGCCUCCAAUCCGGACGUCCCGCAAUCGCAAACCCCCGCCAGCCGGCUUCGAUGACAUUGAAGAUACGUUAUUAGAAUUCAGCAACAAGAUGAAAGAUGCAGAAAAUGCCUCUCAUGAAGGGAAGAAGAAGCAUGAGGUCUUAUGGCCCAUCUUUCAGAUCAGCCAUCAACCUAUAUCGAAAGAGUUGUACGACUGGCUAUUAAAAAACAACUAUGCUGAUGCAAACUUGAUCGCAAAGUGGAAGAAACAGGGUUACGAAAAGGUAUUCCCACAUAUAUUUGUUUCUAUGAGCAAUUUUUUUUCCCCGUCUUUCUACGUUUUAUCCUUCUUAUGUUCUCCCUCCUUCCUUGCUGGACACUGGGCUAACAACUCCAUGGCAUUCCAGCUCUGUUGCCUUCGCUGCAUCCAAACCAAGGAGACCAACUUUAAUGCGACUUGCAUUUGCCGAGUGCCGAAAGCGCAACUCAAGGAGGAGCAGGCGAUUCAAUGCGUAAAUUGCGGUUGCAGGGGCUGCGCCAGCAGUGACUAG